AUGAACAAACCGGCAGAUCUGCAAAGGCUGCAAAAACACCCUGGCGAGGCAACCUUAGCAGGCGUUCUAAAAAAGCCUCACUGGCUAAAGGGGAAACGGGAGCAGGAUUCCAUUGAGUGCGCCUCCUUGGAGGAGAAGCAGCUGGCGUCUACUUCAACUUCUGCUUUGCAAUCUUCUGAGUGCCGUGGCGAUGACCCGCCCGGCAGGUUUGUUAAGCGUGCCAAAAUACCAUGGCGAGGCAACCUUAGCAGGCGUUCUAAAAGAGCCUCUGUGGCAAAGAGAAAGCGGGAGGAGGAAACCGAGAGCCAGCAUCAAAAAGCUACUCGCAAUGCAGCCGACGCCGCUGCAAUUUCCAUUCGACGGUCCCAAGAGACCAUGGCUGAGAAAACCGCACGUAACGCAGAGAAAGCUGCGGAAAUGUCCAUUCGAUGGUCCCAAGAUUCCAUGGCUGAGAAAACCACACUCCAUGCAGCCGACACCUCUACAACUUCUGCUGCAAGGGCGUCGGAAAGUUCUGCGCAAAUGCACACAAGGCGGCAUCGCGAUACAAUUUCAAUUUCCGCUGCUAGACCUGUAGAAGGAUCUACUGGGAGGCUUGAGCGUUUGCAGACUGUUAACCUGCGCCGCCAUGCACAGCGAUGGUUUUGUCGCCCACCAAAGCAGUUUUGGUUUAAGCUGGCGUUCAACUAUGAGCCAGUUUUCACGCUUUUCGGUCACAAAGACCUGCAAAUAGGAUCCAUGUCAGUUGUCUGUGGGCAUUGCAAUACCAAAAAAUGGCCUGGGGAUUCUGCAGAGUUGUGUUGUUCAGACGGUAAGGUACAGUUGUCACCUUUUAAAGAGCUACCUGAUCCGUUGAAAGCUCUGUUGGAGGGUUCCAGUCCAGUCUGUAAACUCUUCCUUGCAAAAAUCAGUGAGUGUAAUUGUGCCUUCCACAUGACCUCUUUUGGUGGUAGUGCCUUCCGCGAAGUCUGUUGGAAUCCCACCUUCAAGGAUCAAGUUCAGGUUUACCAACGGAUUGGGUCGCCUUUGCCGAAAACUGCCACUGACUCGGCCUUUCUACAAAUAUACUUCAUAGCUGACUACAAUCAACAGGCAGAUACCCGCAUGGGCAUUAUUCCCGAGAACGAUACAGAAUCUCUCUCUCUCUCUCUCUCUCUCUCUCUCUAUCUAUCUAUCUAUCUAUCUAUCUAUCUAUCUAUCUAUCUCUCUCUAUAUAUUACGUUCAAUUGCUCUCCCUGUCCAGCAAAAUACUUUCAGGGCAAAAGGCUCCCACCACCGUACUAA